AGAAGAACUCAGCCCCUUCCAAGCUGCUGUCGCCUCCUGUCUGUUUUCAUGUGUGUUUGGUAGUUUGGAGGCGGGUUGACAGUGUGUGAAACACGGGAGAGACUCACAGGAAAGCUGUGAGAGAUGAACAGUGAAAAUUUCAGCCUGAGUGAGAGGAUAGUGUCGGCCUCCUACAUUCGACAGGGGAGCCAGGCUCGUCGUGGCCAUGAGCAGCUCAUCAGACACUUACUGGAGCAGGGUAAGUGUCCAGAGGAGGGAUGGAGUGAGAGCACCGUCGAGCUCUUCCUUCAUGAGCUGGCUGUGAUGGACAGCAAUAACUUUCUCGGUAACUGUGGCGUCGGAGAGAGGGAAGGCCGCGUGGCAUCCAGCCUUGUGGCAAGACGACAUUACAGGUUGAUCCAUGGUAUAGGACGGUCAGGUGACAUAGCUGCUAUUCAGCCCAAAGCUGCAGGGUCCAGUCUGCUGAACAAGCUGACCAACUCAUUGGUGUUGGACAUCUUAAAGCUCUCAGGUGUCCGGAGUGUGGCGAGCUGCUUUGUAGUUCCCAUGGCAACAGGAAUGAGCUUGACGCUGUGCUUCCUAACCCUUCGUCACCGAAGACCCAAGGCUCGCUACAUCAUUUGGCCUCGCAUCGACCAGAAGUCCUGCUUCAAAGCCAUGAUCACAGCAGGCUUUGAACCGGUGGUGGUGGAGAACGUUCUUGAGGGCGACGAGUUGCGGACAGACUUGGAAGCAGUUGAGCGCAAGAUUGAAGAGCUCGGAGCCGAGAACAUCCUGUGCGUUCACUCGACAACGUCCUGCUUUGCCCCGCGGGUCCCUGACAGGCUCGAGGAGCUGGCCGCCAUGUGUGCCAAUCAUAACAUUCCCCACAUAGUUAACAAUGCAUACGGAGUACAGUCGUCCAAGUGCAUGCAUCUUAUACAACAGGGGGCUCGUGUUGGAAGAAUUGAUGCCUUUGUGCAAAGCUUGGACAAGAACUUCAUGGUUCCAGUAGGUGGCGCCAUUAUUGCAGGUUUUGAUGAGUCCUUCAUACAAGAGAUAAGCAAGAUGUACCCAGGUCGCGCAUCGGCCUCACCUUCCCUCGACGUCCUCAUUACCCUUCUAACUCUGGGUGCCAGCGGCUACAAGAAACUCCUAUCAGAAAGAAAGGAGAUUUAUUUGUUCCUGGCUCAGGAGCUGAAGAGUCUAUCCUCUGCACACGGGGAGAGAUUGCUUCACACCCCACAUAACCCCAUUUCACUGGCCAUGUCUCUGGAUGGUCUCCAGGCUGGGAGCGACAAGGCGGUGACUCAGCUGGGCUCCAUGUUGUUCACGCGGCAAGUGUCAGGAGCCAGAGCUCUGUCGUCUCCACCGAGACAGCAGGCACAAGCAGUGACAGCCAUGUUCUCGCUCCCACUGGUGGUGUUAUUCCUUAGCAGGCGGGAGGAGGAUUUGCCAGUCCUUCAUUGUUUCCUUCUGCCUCCGUCGCACCAAAAUGCUUUCUGCCAUUUGUAUUUUCCCUUUUUCCUUUCAGUGGUUUUUGACCAAGCAUGGAAGCCCAUCUAAAUAUUUUAAAUAUCCUGAAUGAAUGAUUUAUUUAUGUCAUUGUGUCAUGCAUGUUUUGUGUUGUUCAGAUUUUAAAAGCAUCAAAGAAAUAGCCUCACUUCCGUCCUCACUCUUGAUUUCUUUCAAGCGAGCAUUUUCCCAUGGUCAGAACACAGCGCUUCCUCAAAUCUUUUAUCCUUGUAUCUCAGUAGCAUACACAAUGAGAUGCAGCGACUUUAUAGAUUCAUGCUUCAAUGACACACACAGUUUCUACUUUAUCGCAGGAUAUGAUGCAUGUUUAUUACAAGAAGUGAUUCAGCGAUUACCACGAUUACCGUGCGAGGGAGCUGGCUGUUUUCACAUUAGCCAUUAGCUAUACAACAUAUUAACGGAGAUCUACAUCUUAUUACAAUGCAUUUCUCAACCGUAAUGGUCUCUCUCAUCCCCGUAGUCCUAAUAGCUUGCCAGUAAUUGAUUUCACAUUAAAGUGAGUCUAAACUGUGCUGACGGUGGGGAAACCCUGCUAAAUUUCAGCAGCAUGUGUAUUGUUUACAGUAUACCAACUGCAGCUCAAAAGUUGACCUGUUUCUCACUUCAGAUAUCCACAUAUGAAACACUUUAAGGUUGCAAUACGUUCAUAGUAAAGCAUCAUUCCUCUCAUUUCUGCGUUUAUGAGUUUGUAAAGGACACUUUUUAACUUGCAGUAGCUGACUUGUGAGGUAAAGCUGUCAUGUGAGGAUCUUAAAGCUUAAAUGACACAAUGAAUCACAUGCCAACUGCUAAUGGUUACCUGGCCAGAUGGGAAGCCAUCAAGCCGGGCCAAGUAUGAUCUCCAUUAAAGGAAUUUGCACUUUAAAACCACUAUAAUCAAUAUUAACAACGCAGUUCUGCACUCUGCAAUUCCCCCUGCAUAUUUCAGCUUAUUGUUACGGUUUGCCGGUCGACUCUUACGGCUCUCAUAGUGUUUUCGGCAGCUGCAACAGUUAGCUGUUUUCAGCAGUAAAUUCCCACUGUACUCCACCUGCCCAGCACCAAACAGAGCUAAGGAACAUAUUGGAGCAUUUAGCAGCUAAAGUGCCAGACCUUUUCCUCAGGGGCUGGAGACCAAAACGUAGCUAGGACGAGAGUGAAUAAUUCAACACAGAAAUAUUAAGCAUUUCCAGUGAAAUAUACAUCACAUAUGACAUUAAGAGUAUCGUUUUCUGUGUAAGUGAGGAACGAUCAUCUUUGAAAAAUUCUUUUAAAUACCACUUUAUGGUUUCCCACACGUUAGACGUGAUAGACAGGAGGCACAGAGUCGUGGGUGAUGUGGCUGUUGGUGAAAACAAAAUAAUGCAGCACUUCUAAUUAGACUAGUUAGAUAGUUAGAAAAUGUUUAGUUUAGUGUAGUAAAUGUUUUAAUUGAAUGCCUAGGCUGCUGCCUUCACUGCAGUUAAUUUGUCCACUUUUUUGUUUAAAUAUUAGUCGUUAUAUUUCAAGUGAGUAACUAAGGCCUUAGCAAGGUCAUUGUUUUUAAAGGUAAGAAAUUGUAGUUGUGUCCCAGCAGGUCAAAUAAUCAUUAUUCUGCCACAUUAUCCUUGUUUUUCACCCAUGU